AUGAAUAUCUUCAGAUUACUUGCUGAUUUCUCCCAUCUUGCGUCGAUAUUUGUCCUUCUACAAAAAAUGAAGUCUUCAAGCAGCUGCUCCGGAUUGUCUUUCAAGUCGCAGGCUCUCUACUUGAUAGUUUUUGUUACUAGAUAUCUUGAUUUGUUCUGGGCUUUUACGGACUCAUUAUACAAUACAACCUUCAAAAUCUUGUUCAUCGGCUCGUCAGGCUAUAUCAUCUACCUUAUGCUCAAUGAUUACCGACCUACACAUGACCCCAACCUCGAUACGUUUAAAGUGCAGUACCUACUUGCCGCCAGCGCCAUCCUCGCUCUUAUUUUCCCACACGACUAUAGCAUUUCGGAGGUUCUAUGGACUUUCUCGAUCUGGCUCGAGUCUGUGGCCAUCCUUCCCCAGCUUUUUAUGCUCCAACGUACCGGUGAAGCAGAAUCUAUCACUACCCAUUAUCUAUUCGCAUUGGGUAUCUAUAGGGCUCUCUAUAUCCCCAACUGGAUAUACCGAUACUUUGCAGAAAACCACUUUCAUCCCGUUCCAGUUCUGGCAGGUAUCAUCCAGACUCUUUUGUAUUCUGACUUUUUCUACAUCUACUACACCAAGAUAAUGAAAGGCAAGAAAUUCUCUCUCCCAGUCUGA